UGUUGCUGCCGUCUUUGUAAUCGCUGUGACUCGGUUGCGGUUCUCCAGAACUCGAAGUUCGCAGUUAAGGAAAGUUCCGUCUCGGUGCCGUUUGGAUUCGCAGCCAUGGCCCAGAUAAACAGUUGCCUCAAGCGGACCUUCAUCGGGUUCAACUUGUUUUUCGCGCUUGUCGGAGCAAUCAUCCUCUGCCUGGCUGUGGUCUCCCAAGUCCUCACUAGCAAUGAAGAUGACGAAAUGGGGAACCGGACCACUGGGCUCAUCUGCCUGUACAUCAUGGGGACGGUCACCACGCUGCUCGGCCUGCUGGGAGCCUACGGCGCUUACAAGGAGCACAAGAUCUCCCUGAUUGUGUUCCUGAUCUGCAUGGUCAUCGGCUCUCUGUUCAUGCUCCGAUCAGGAAUCCCAACAGCCAUUCUUCGUCCUCAGGUGCAGGCAGUCCUGGAGGAAAAGUUCAGGGAGAUGCUGCCUCUCAACAGGGCAUCGAUCCAAGAGAAGCACGUGGUUGACAGCCUGCAGACUCAUUUGCACUGCUGCGGCCUGUUCAGCUAUACAGACUGGAACGAAGACAUCCCGUCCUCCUGCAAUUGCCCCUCCAACGAGGAUGAGGAACCCGAAACGUGCAAGGUGGUCUCUGCCAUCAACCGCUAUGCUUUUCUGAUGGACGGCAGGUCCAUCUACAGUAAGCCAUGUGCCCCUAUCGUGAUGUAUUACGUCCUGCUGAUGGCUGACAUUUCACUGGGGGUCGUCUUCACUCUGGCUAUUCUGGCUGUUCUGGGCAUGAUUCUGUCCUCCAUCAUGAUCCACCAGCUGCGUCAUCCCAACAGAACCCCCGUCGUCCUCAACAUUCCCACCAUCUUCAUUCCAGGACCACCAAAGUACGAGGAGCUGCAAAACGAUCUCCCUCCUCCCUACUGAAGGAGCACUGCCACAUUUAAGGAUGUUUUUCCUCUUCUUUUGCUGUUUCCCUGAUUGCUUCCAAAGUGCCUUUCAUUCCUCCAACCAGGGAGAAACUCUCCAGAGAUUACUCUGCCCCAGCUUUCAAAGUUAGAUUUUUAAACCAUAUUUUACAUUUUUUUUUUAUUUUUGGUUUUAAUUAUCUGGGAGAGUUUUAAGAAAAAUAAGAUAUUUACAAUCAUCUGUUUCUAAAUCAUCAUGCAAAAAAUUAUUUUAACAAAGUUAGGAGAAAGCCAUAAGACAUUUUUAUCACAAUGGAGUUCUUACCUAAUUUAGUUUUUGUAUAUUAAACUUCUAGAUAUGCAGUUUUGUGUUUGUUUAACCAAAAGCAACUUCCUUGCACAUUUAGCGCCUUCUAAAGGAGCUGUUUAAAUUUUAUUUUUAAUAACAAAGCUUAAAAAGGGACAAUGAAUGUUUACAAACAGAAGGCUAGUUUGUUUCUGAUUGUUAGUCGUUUUACUGUAAAUGGAUUUCUGGUUGGACUGAAAGGGAAAUAAAACCAUAAAAUAAAACAAUGUUUGUGGUGUUUAAAAUUGUCAGAUUAUACUAAAGCAAUUUGAAGUUCUGAAGCAUAAAUGGUUGUAAAAGCAAAAAGUUCUCAAAAAAAACACGGAGUCAAAAAUUUGCAAGAAAAAAAAUCCAACUUUGAAAUUAAUCUCAAAAAUGAUUUUUUAGCUUAAUCUCAGAAAUUUUUGAAAGUUUUAAACUUAAAACUCAAGAAUUUCUUUUUAUGAGAAAGUUAGAUCAAGUAUUUAUUCUCAACUUUUCAAGUUAAGAAUUUUUAUUGUUUUUCUAGAUUUUUUUUAAAGAUUAGUCUAAAAAUUUUCUGGCAAAAUUAUUUACUUUUGGAGAUCAGAAAUUAAAAUUUUUUCUCCAGAAAUUUUUUGAAAUCUUAAUUACAAAAUUUUUUCCUUGAAAAUUUUCAACAUUUAGAGCUAAAAAAAUUUAUUUUUUUUCUAGCAAAUGUAUUUUUAUUAAAGAAAAUUUCAACUUUUCAUGUUAAGAACUGUCACUGUUUUUCUAGAAAAUUUCUGAGAUUGAUCUCAAAGCUGAGUUUUGUAUUGCAUUUUUUUUUACCUUUGAAGUUCAGAAAUUCAAAUUAUUUUUCCUAGAAAAAUAAUUAGAUUAAUCUUAAAAUUUAUGAGUUGUAAGUAUUAUCAGUGUUAAAGCACUGGAUAUUCAAAUAUCACGGAGAUAUUUGAAUAUUAUUAUUUUUGUACACAUUUAAAUUAUUCAAAUACCUGAUCUGAAGUCUUUUUAAUGAUAUGCAUGUUCAUGGGGAAAGUUUUCACAGCUGUUUGACCAAAAUCCCAUGAUAUCUGUGUGUACACAGGGCAAACUUUUCUGAAUGUGACAUCCAAAUUAGACGUUGGGGUUGUUCUUGUUGGCUUUUCAAAUCAGGAACUGGGAAAUUACAAAUUCUGGUUUAAAAUGUUCUCAAACAUCCAGAGGAGGAAGCAGCCUGUUUUGGAAUUAAAAGAUAAAUCUGG